AUGUGCAGUAGAAGGGGAGUUGACAGUCCAAUUCCAAUUAAUCUUGAGAUCGAGAAAGAGUGCAAGCGAAACAAAAAAAACAAGAGGGUUGAAAGUUCCACUGUUGUUACAGCAGAUAUUAAUAACAACAGUGUGGAAAACAUGAGCGGGGGAGCACCACAAAAUCAUAAUCCUGCCCGUCCAAGAGCUCUACGGGACUAUGUACUCCUUACUGUCACAGGGGUACACUCAUGCAUCCGUCCUCCAGCAGUAGAGGCAAAUAAUUUUGAGAUCAAGCCUGCUAUAUUGCAGAUGGUCCAAACUGUUGUUCAAUUUAGUGGCCUCCCCACUAAAGACCCUAAUAUGCACAUAGCCAAUUUCCUGGAGUUGUGUGCUACUUUCAAAAUGAAUGGGGUGAGUGAUGAUGCCAUUAGAUUGCGUUUGUUCCCAUUCUCACUACGGGACCGAGCGAAAAGUUGGCUGAAUUCACUUGAGGCCAAUACUAUCACCAUUUGGGAUGCUCUAGCUCAUAAGUUUUUAGCGAAGUUCUUUCCACCUGCUAAGGCUGCUAAACUGAGAGGGGAGAUCAAUAACUUUUCUCAAUUUGAGGGAGAAUCCUUGUAUGAUGCUUGGGAGAGGUUCAAGGACUUAAUCAGAAAAUGUCCCCACCACGGCAUUGAGAAGUGGAUGUUGGUCCACAACUUUUACAAUGGUUUGUGCAAUACCACUCGCACAAUCAUUGAUGCAGCAGCGGGAGGAGCGUUUAUGAGCAAAAGUUCUAAUGAAGCUUAUGAACUCUUAGAGGAAAUGGCCACUAAUAAUUACCAAUGGCCAAGUGAACGAGCGGGCAGUAAUAACAAGGUUGCAGGGGUUCACGAAUUAGAUGCAAUCACAGCCUUAACUGCUCAAGUUGCGUCUCUAACUAAGCAGUUGCAACAAAAUACCAUGUCUGCCCAGGUUGUGCAAGCCCAAGUAAUGUGUGAAUUGUGUGGGGGGUCUCAUCCUUUUGACCAGUGCCAAGCUGCUUUAGAUCACAACAAUGUCAAGUUCAGGCAGUGGGUAAUUUUCAAAGGCCCUACAACAACCCCUACUCUAACUCGUAUAAUCCGGGGUGGAGAAACCAUCCUAACUUUUCCUGGAGAAAUAAUCAAGGCCAACAACAACCGUUUCAACCACGGUAUCAGUGACCUAUGA